GAUUCGUGCUGUACUGGAAGUCGGAGACGAGUGACUGGAGUGAACUGGGAGUGGACGGAGUGGCCACGUCACACACGUUUCAAGACCUGAACUGCGGCACGCGCUAUCAUUUCUACGCGGUGGCCUUCAACGACGUGGGUCGCAGUGAACCAAGCUCCAGCGUCAGUGCUACAACGUCUGGGGGAGCUCCCUUGGCGCCGGAGAAAAACGAGCUUUUGUCGAGCAACUCCAGCGCCGUGCAGCUGAACCUGCGCUCCUGGAAGGACGGUGGCUGCCCUAUCCGCUUCAUCACUUUGCAGUACAAGCUGCGUGAAGAGCGCGGUUGGACGGCUGUCCCGGAGACCAUCGAUGCCGUUGCCUUCGAUGCAUACGUGCUCGGAGGCUUGCAUCCGGGAUCAUGGUACCACCUUCUCGUGUCCGCUUCUAACGACGCCGGCUCCACCGAGGCGCAGUUCGUCUUCGCCACGCUCACAGCUGGUGGAGCCACUAUACCACCAAUGACUCUGCACCCCGAAGAGAGCAUGGCGUUUCCUCGGAGUGUGACCCUCGUGGUGCCCAUUAUCUGUGCCUUCGUCGUUGUGCUGGUCAUCGGCGCCGUAGUUUACAUGAUGUGCAACCGCCGUACCAGAACUCACGACUACAGUGCCACGGCUCAAGUUUCCGAACGUGCAUGUGGAGGUGAUAUGAAGGGCGACUCUAUUUCAAUGACGUCCGUCGGCAAGAAGGUCUACGAGGCCCCACGUGGCGACCCCCUCUACUUCCCUUCUCCGUACGCCACCACGCACAUAUCGGUGUACUCUGGUGAUGCAGACUCACCUUUGAGCGGUGUGCACAGAGGUCACCUUAACGCCACCAUGGGAGGUGGUGGUGGUGGUGGAGGCGUCGCUGGCGAUGGCAGUUCCCUCACCGGUCGUCCUGAACACACCUACAUUGAGCCGUUCCCGGCCAAACAGAAAGGCCCUUUUGACGAGGCAGUCAAGGCUCAAGAGGUCUGUCAGGAGGCAUGUCGUAAGCACUUGUCAGAAGCUCCGUUCAGCCAGGCAAAAGAUCAGGAGGCUGUCGUCUCAAUCAGCUAA